UUCCGCGGGGGCAGGUCGUCGGGCGAGCACGCGCGGCGCUGUGCGGUCGGGCGUCGCAGGUAAAAGGUGCGUGCGUGUGCGGCGAAAGGUGUAAACAGGCGGCUAAUCGCGGACAAAACAAACAGAGGCGGAGUCUGCGAGCGGCAUUGGCCGCGGCGGGCUCGAGGGCGGGCACCGCGGCGCUCGUCUCCGAGCCGCGGCGCGACCCGCGACCAGUCAGUCGGGCGAGCAGCGCCGAGCCGCAAACACGCGUCGAAACGCACACCCUCGCCGCACGCUCGCUGAACCAGCACCGACCGACCAGAGGAGAACACCCUGCAGGGGCUAACUCAAGACAUGGUCAUCCUGCGCGACGCGGGCUCCCCGGCCAUGAGUGCAGCUCCACCAUGUGGUCGGCAAACAGGUCCGUUGACACCAGCCAGACAGUUUGACUGGGAUAUUAACGACACCAGCGUGCCCAGGGUGAGUCGCUUCGACGAGUUCUGUGAGUGGGCCAACGACCACUGCCAGUUCGUGUACUCGCCAGACAGCGAGGAGGCGAAGAGACACUCGUCCGGCUGGGCAAUGCGCAACACCAACAACCACAACGUCAACAUCCUGAAGAAGUCGUGCCUCGGGGUGCUAGUUUGUUCGAGGGGCGAGCAGUGCGUCCUGCCCAACGGCGAGAGGGUCCACCUGAGGCCGGCCAUCUGCGACAAAGCCAGGAAGAAACAGCAAGGCAAACCUUGUCCGAACCGCAACUGCAACGGUCGCUUAGUCAUCCAGCCCUGCCACGGCCACUGCGGAUAUCCGGUCACUCACUUUUGGAGACACACCGAGUACGCCAUUUACUUCCAGGCCAAAGGACGACACGACCACCCGCAACCUGAAGCCAAGUCGACGUCAGAGGCGCGACGCAGCCAGGUAAACGGCAAACGGGUGCGAGGCAUCGCCAUGCUGCUCGCCGGCCGAGACUCCAAGCUGGUCAAGAGGGAGAACAUGAGCCGCGACUUGGAUUUGACACCUCCCUACAUGUGUCCUGAGCAGCCGCCGCCCCUGAUACCUGACUCAGAUAAAGGUUACAGCAACACAACGUGCUCGUGCCCGCCCUUCGAGUGCAUCUGCACGCCGUCGCAGCAGCCGGCACUGUCGUACCACCCCGCGCACCACCUGCAGCAACCCACGGCUGACUUCUGGUCGCAGCCAGGGGACCAGCAUCAGCAGCAACCACCUAGUCACCCGAGCGCUGCGAUGGACCAGAGCUCCUACUUCCCCUCCCCGGCCGGCGGCGACUACCAGCAAUGCACGUUCGACGGCAACAGCAACGUGCUGCAGCACCACCCCCACCCCUACGAGUACCCGGCGGCGGCGACCGUGGUGGAGAACGACGCCUUCGGCCAGAUCUUCCAGACGGAGACGCCGAUCCGCGGCAGUGGCGGCGAGUGCGGCGCCCUGCUGGCGGCGCCGCCCGAGCUCUACGAGCCGCAGCCCAACACGCCGCCGACCUUCACCGAGCUCUGCGAGGUCAAGUCCGAGUUCUCCGAGGUGGUCAAGUCGGAGCUGCAGCACCAGCACCAGCAGCAGCAACCCUGGGGCAACCCCUACGACCGGCACUACCCCCGCGGAGGCGGCGGCGGCGGUGGCUACUUCGAGCAGCAGCAGAGGCUGGACGAGCCGAUGAUGAUGUCCGAGGAGGAUGACUCGCUGGCCACGGUGCCCUCGGAGGACGCCCGCGUCAUGCCGCACCACCAGCACCACUACCUGGCCGCCCCCAACCACUACCACCACCAGGUCGAGUCGGCCGCCCUCCACCACGGCCACUACGAGGCCCUCAUGGGCGCCUCCGACCACUUCAGCUUCCACGAGUCCAUCAGUAGGCACCUCCACCACUGAACCCAAGAACCCCCACAAAACUUUUAAUGAAAAUAAAUAAAUGCUGGAUUCUGCCAGUCAGUGAGAAAUGUUGAUUUCUGACCAAAAAUGAUAAAGCAGCAGGACUCGUCGAUUUUGAAGCUGAAACCUUUUACCUCUGUUUUAGCGAUUUUAGACAUCUGGCCGCGCAGAUGCGAAUUUUACUCAAGAGGGUGGAACUUACGAAUCUCAUGUUAUGUGUAUUUACAAAUGGAGCAUUCCGAAAAUACGAUUAAGUUUUUACAUAGGAAUCUUGUGUCUGUUGACUAUGUAUUACUAUUUCAUAUUUUAUACUGUAGAGGAAAAUGAUUGAGUUGUGGCGUUUUCGAGAUUUUUGUACCCAAAGUGUUGCAUUAUAUUUAUUUUGUGAGCCGCUCCAAUCAUAGAGUACGUAUCUUGUCAUCAAAAAGGUUCUUUGCCUUUUGCACGUAACGCGCUUUUCACACAGCACAAAACGAGUUUGCAUACUUGAUGUUCUCAUUUAAAUUAAUACACAGUUGUUGACUGUUAAGAAUGCGUCAGUCUCAUUGAACCAUUAAAUGCGUGUUGUACAAAUGCAGUUGUGUAAUCAAUGCAUGUAAAAAUGUGGAUAUACAUAUUAUACUAUUAUCUAUAAUGUCAUUGCGCAAUAAAUCACCAAAAGGUAAAUCUUAA